GCGGCUCGGCCUGAGUAUAAUAAAGGGAACUUUCUUUUGUGUUGGACUCACUUGUUCUCCAGAAGAAAGGAACAAGCCAUGCUGCAGUUGCAAUUAGAAUCACUGUCGUAGCGUUGUUUACUGCAUGGAUGGGAGCAGCAAGAGAUCGUGAAACAAAAGCCAAGAAGUGUAAGAGGGGAAAGUAACCUUUUGUGUGGAUCAACUGCUGGAAUUUCCUCUCUGGCUGCAGAACCUCAGCUUCUGGUGAUGGCAGUUUCUCUCUUCUAGAGCUUCUGUUGAGUUUCACUCAUCUUUACCAGCAGUGCUUAGAGAACUCUACUUUUUACGUUUUUCAAGGUCUUAAAUGUCAUGGUAGAGAUUAGAUUUUGACAUUUGCUUCAUGAAAGAGGUCUCCAAGUAGCUGUCUUAUAAUAACUUUGAGAAGAAGUUCUAUGUAGCUCUUACUUUCAAGAGUGCUGCAAAAAUGAUUACUUCAGAUUUGCCAGUACUACAGGAUUCUACAAAUGAAACUACUGCACAUUCAGAUGCUGGCAGUGAGCUUGAAGAAUCAGAAGCCAAAGGAAAAAGAAAAAGGGGCCGUCCUGGCAGGCCUCCAUCUGCCACUAAGAAACCUCGGAAGUCUCCAGCAGACAAGAGUCGUUCUGAAUCUGGAGCUAGAGGAGCAAGUCGUGGAAGAGCUAAUGGCCACCCUCAGCAGAAUGGAGAAGGGGACCCAGUCACUUUGUUUGAGGUGGUUAAGCUGGGAAAGAGUGCUAUGCAGUCUGUGGUGGACGACUGGAUUGAAUCAUAUAAACAAGACAGGGACAUAGCACUUCUGGAUUUAAUCAACUUCUUUAUCCAGUGUUCAGGAUGUCGAGGUACUGUAAGAAUUGAAAUGUUCAGGAACAUGCAAAAUGCAGAAAUCAUAAGGAAAAUGACAGAAGAAUUUGACGAGGACAGUGGUGAUUAUCCACUUACCAUGCCUGGGCCACAGUGGAAGAAGUUUCGAUCAAACUUCUGCGAGUUCAUCGGAGUGCUCAUUCGGCAGUGUCAAUACAGCAUCAUUUAUGAUGAAUACAUGAUGGACACGGUGAUCUCUCUUCUGACUGGUUUGUCAGACUCCCAGGUCCGGGCUUUCAGGCACACCAGUACAUUAGCUGCUAUGAAGCUUAUGACUGCUCUUGUGAAUGUUGCCUUAAACCUGAGCAUUCAUCAGGAUAAUACACAGAGGCAGUACGAAGCUGAGAGAAACAAAAUGAUUGGCAAAAGAGCUAAUGAAAGGUUGGAGCUGCUGCUUCAGAAAAGAAAAGAGCUACAAGAAAACCAAGAUGAAAUUGAGAAUAUGAUGAACUCUAUUUUUAAGGGUAUAUUUGUUCAUAGAUACCGUGAUGCUAUUGCUGAGAUCAGAGCUGUCUGUAUCGAAGAAAUUGGUGUCUGGAUGAAAAUGUACAGCGAUGCCUUCCUGAAUGAUAGUUAUUUAAAGUACGUUGGUUGGACACUACAUGACAGGCAAGGUGAAGUGAGGUUGAAGUGUUUGAAAGCUCUUCAGAGUCUGUAUACCAACAGAGAGUUAUUUCCAAAACUGGAGCUGUUCACUAAUAGAUUCAAGGAUCGCAUUGUAUCAAUGACGCUUGACAAGGAGUACGAUGUCGCUGUCGAAGCCAUUCGAUUAGUCACGCUAAUACUUCAUGGAAGCGAAGAAGCUCUUUCGAAUGAAGACUGUGAGAACGUUUAUCACUUGGUUUAUUCAGCACACCGGCCUGUGGCAGUAGCAGCUGGAGAAUUCCUUCACAAAAAACUGUUCAGCAGACACGAUCCUCAAGCUGAAGAGGCUCUAGCAAAGAGGAGGGGGAGAAAUAGUCCAAAUGGAAACCUUAUUAGAAUGUUGGUUCUUUUCUUUCUUGAAAGUGAGUUGCACGAACAUGCAGCCUAUUUGGUGGACAGUUUGUGGGAGAGCUCUCAAGAACUGUUGAAAGACUGGGAAUGUAUGACAGAAUUGCUCUUGGAGGAACCAGUCCAAGGAGAAGAAGCAAUGUCUGACCGUCAGGAGAGUGCUCUUAUUGAGCUGAUGGUCUGUACAAUCAGACAAGCUGCUGAAGCACAUCCUCCAGUGGGCAGAGGCACUGGCAAGAGGGUCUUGACAGCGAAAGAAAGAAAAACGCAGAUAGAUGACAGAAAUAAGUUGACUGAGCAUUUCAUUAUUGCACUUCCUAUGUUACUAUCAAAGUAUUCUGCUGAUGCUGAGAAGGUUGCAAACCUCCUGCAGAUCCCUCAGUAUUUUGAUCUGGAAAUCUAUAGCACGGGCAGAAUGGAAAAGCAUCUGGAUGCCUUACUGAAACAGAUUAAGUUUGUUGUGGAAAAGCAUGUGGAAUCAGAUGUUCUCGAAGCAUGCAGCAAAACCUACAGCAUACUCUGCAGUGAAGAAUAUACAAUCCAGAACAGAGUUGACAUAGCCCACAGCCAACUUAUCGAUGAAUUUGUGGAUCGAUUCAACCAUUCUGUAGAGGAUCUGCUGCAGGAGGGAGAAGAAGCUGAUGAUGAUGACAUAUACAAUGUGCUCUCCACGUUGAAGCGAUUAACCUCUUUUCACAAUGCUCAUGAUCUGACAAAAUGGGAUCUGUUCAGUAACUGCUACAGAUUACUAAGAACUGGAAUUGAACACGGAGCAAUGCCAGAACAGAUAGUUGUUCAGGCACUGCAGUGUUCCCAUUACUCUAUUCUCUGGCAGCUGGUGAAAAUUACUGAAGGCUCCCCUUCCAAAGAGGACUUGCUGGUAUUGAGGAAAACUGUGAAAUCCUUCCUGGCUGUCUGCCAGCAGUGUCUGUCGAAUGUCAACACUCCAGUCAAAGAGCAGGCUUUCAUGCUACUCUGUGAUCUCUUGAUGAUUUUUAGUCAUCAGCUGAUGACUGGAGGUCGAGAAGGUCUACAGCCUUUGGUGUUUAAUCCAGAUUCUGGCCUCCAGUCAGAACUUCUCAGUUUUGUGAUGGACCAUGUCUUUAUUGACCAAGAUGAUGAAAACCAGAGCAUGGAGGGAGAUGAAGAAGAUGAAGCUAACAAAAUAGAAGCUUUGCAUAAGAGAAGAAACCUUUUGGCUGCUUUUAGCAAGCUCAUAAUUUAUGACAUUGUGGACAUGCACGCAGCAGCGGAUAUCUUCAAACACUAUAUGAAGUACUACAAUGACUAUGGAGAUAUCAUUAAAGAAACUCUAAGCAAAACAAGGCAAAUUGAUAAAAUCCAGUGUGCAAAGACACUCAUUCUCAGUUUGCAACAGCUGUUUAAUGAGCUCGUUCAGGAGCAAGGUCCCAAUCUGGACAGGACAUCUGCCCACGUUAGCGGAAUUAAGGAGCUGGCUCGUCGGUUUGCCCUCACUUUUGGCUUGGAUCAGAUUAAGACAAGAGAGGCUGUGGCCACCCUACACAAAGAUGGCAUAGAAUUUGCCUUCAAAUAUCAGAAUCAAAAAGGACAAGACUAUCCACCUCCUAACCUUGCUUUCCUUGAAGUGCUUAGUGAAUUUUCUUCCAAGCUCUUGCGACAGGACAAAAAGACAGUCCACUCCUACUUAGAGAAGUUUCUGACAGAACAGAUGAUGGAGAGAAGAGAAGAUGUGUGGCUUCCACUCAUUUCCUAUAGGAACUCUCUCGUUACGGGUGGUGAGGACGACAGAAUGUCCGUUAACAGUGGAAGCAGCAGCAGCAAAGCCUCCUCAGUAAGGAAUAAGAAAGGACGGCCACCUCUCCACAAAAAGAGAGUAGAAGAUGAGAGCCUAGAAGGCUCAUGGCUGAGCAGGAAUGAAACCAUACAUACUCCAGGGGCACUGCAAGCACCACAGCUCACCUCAACUGUCUUGAGAGAGAACACUAGACAAAUGGGAGAGCAGAUCCAGGAGCACGAGUCGGAGCAGGGAUCUGAACAAGAUUUUUUACACAAUCCCCAGAUGCAGAUAUCUUGGUUGGGCCAACAGAAGCUAGAAGAUUUAAAUCGAAAGGACAGGACAGGAAUGAACUACAUGAAAGGGAGAACUGGCGUGAGGCACGCAGUACGAGGUCUAAUGGAAGAUGAUGCUGAGCCUAUCUUUGAAGAUGUAAUGAUGUCCUCACGAGGUCAGCUAGAAGAUAUGAAUGAAGAAUUUGAGGACACAAUGGUCAUUGAUCUGCCACCCUCGCGAAACCGGCGGGAGCGGGCUGAGCUGAGGCCAGACUUCUUUGACUCUGCAGCUAUCAUCGAGGACGAUUCAGGAUUUGGGAUGCCUAUGUUCUGAAGUCUGGUGAAGACGUUUUACAAAUUUGGAACUCUAUUGUUUAGAGCUAGAGGCCUAUAUACUGUGAUAGCUUGUAUGAAAACCACAUUUUUGAUGUGAGCGGUUUGAUUUUUAACCAAAUGAUUGAGGUCAAUCCCUUUUUGUAGUGACAGAAAGAAGAAGAGCUUCUUAAUGACACAAAGGAAUGUUGGCCAAUCCAGUCACCUCAGAAGGGCUGACCUACAAAAUCAUUUGUAUCCCUGUUCUUGACUGUCCUAAUACAGUU